AUGUUCUUCAAAACCAUCCUUACCUAUCUCACCCUCACCCUCACCUUCAACCUCAUCACCCUCGGCGCAGCUAUCGCCCUCCCCAGAAACAUCAACACCGUCCUCGACAAGCUCACCGAACUCGGCAGCCUCGAAGGCAAGGGCCCAUUCCACGAGGCGGACAGCAAGCAGGUCAAGGAUAUCACCGUGGGCAUGGGCGACGCCAUGCCAAAGACUUUUGAGCUGUUCAGGAACAAGAAACAAGAUUUCGAGGGGGCCUAUCUCCGCGGCGUGAUCUACUUCCACCUGAAAAGUCUUCUGACUAGAACCGAGAGUCUGGCCGACGCCUUGGGAGAGAGAAUGGCUGAGAAGGAUAGGGAGGUUAUGGACGGGGUUGUUGAGGACGUGGUUGAUGGGUAUGAGAAUGUGAUUGAUGAGUUUGAGUAUUGACGGGUUGACUGAUUGACGGAUUGAUUUCUUGAUUUAUGAUUGAUUGGCUUAUUGUGGAUGAUUUGAUGGGUUAGUUGGGUAUUGGGAUUGGGACAGAUUGAUUUAUGGGUUGAUUGGAUAUUCAGAUAGGAAGAUGGAAGAUGGAGAUGAAAGAUGGAAGAUUGGUUGUUAGGAUGGGAUAUGUUCUGCAAGUGUUGUUAUGGUUCUAUGUUUUUAUUCUAUCACCUACAUGAUAGGUAGAUAGUACUUUCAAUCCGAUUGAUG